AUGGAGGAGAGGCAGCUGGAGACGAUGCCAUCGCGCUCGGUGGCCCGCGGCGCUGAGAGCUUGGACCCGCGCCACUUUGGCACGUCCACAGAUGACACCGCCAUCUAUCUGGAAGAUUCCAUGGAUGAGCCAACCGCCCGUUGCAUCAGCGCGUCCCCGUCGGCCGUGGCAAUUCUGUCCCCACAGCGGAUGCCGCCCAGCAACUGCCACGCCGUCGACAUCACCGAGUACGACAGCACUAACAUUGGGAGUGCCUGCGGUGCAAAAAGCCACCGCAUCCGACCACUAUCGGACUUGACCAACACCGGCUCCGUUUACCUUCCCUUUGCCAAAUCGCCGACGCCGAGGCGCUCCAUGUCUUCGUCGGCGCAGUGCAAGCGAGCCUCCUCCAGCACCCCAAGUUCUUCGCAGAAGCAUCAACACAGCCAAGGCCACCACCAGCAGCGCCACCACGGCAGUAGCAGCGUCUCUGUCGGACGCUGCGUGGAUUCGACCUUUCAGGGAGAACAAACUGUGCAUCUCGCCGAGUACGAGAAGCUUCAACGGGAGCGCAACCGUUUUGAGAAAAUGUACGAGCACCAAAAGACCCUUUAUGAAGAAAUGGCCGAAAGACAGAGUGACACAUACAAAGAACUUCAAGAGAAAAUUAUCGAGGUUGUUGCUCUCUCCACCCGUAAUGAGGAGAAUAAGCGGUUCAUUCGCCAAUUGAAGCGCGAGAUGGCCGAUAGCCGAACACGAGUGAUGAACAUUCAGAACCGCGCGUUAGAGGAGACAAAGAUGGAGAAGAGUGCCAGGGAGCGUUACCAGACACAGCUGCACGAGCACCAGGAGAAGUACUCUGCUAUCAUGGAACAGCAGGAGGCCAAGGUGGCUGGUCUCGAGAGCUUACUGAAGGACAUCACGUGCAUGAAGGGCGAGUGCGACCACGUGCAGGUGUCGCAGCUUGAUGCUCUCCUUAAGGCGGCAUAUGCGAAGAACACCGCCCUCUUCGGCGACCUGCUGCGCCAGGGCCGCCAGAUAGAUAUGCUGUUCGACAGCAAGGCAUCACUUGAGAAGCAGCUGGAGCAGCUGCGCCGCGAGAAGCGCGAGACGGAGGCGACAUGGGCGGGGGAGCGGCGUCGUAUGCUGGAGGAAACGGAGCGCUACACCGCGCAGUUGGCGGAGCAGCAGCACUCCGUACUGGAGCUACGCCAGAUGCUCAUCCGCACACUCGAGUCCGCUACCCUCACUCAGCGGGAUCGGAGUGAGAACGAAGAUGAUGAUGAUGAGACGGACAGCAGCAGUUACUCCUCCGAAAGCAGCUCGCAAGGUGGCCGAGAGCUUGACGAUGACAAUGACAAUGAUGAUGACGACGACGACGACGACGACAACAACGAUGACGGCAGUGCUGAGCAGCAUGCCAGCAGCACACCAGCGCCUGAGCGGGCGAUCGUGAGGGUGACUAAUAGGGACGGGGCUGUGUCGCAGGCGGAGCGGCGGACGACGGAUUUAGCGGCGCUCUCCGCGCAGAUACAGGCGAAGCUGAGGGCACUUCCGGCCGGCCGGAUCUGA